AAAAACAGAGAACCGACAUUUUCCGAGGAGACCCUGAACGCAGCAACAUUUUCCACCGGUUCCGACUGAUGAGUGAGUCGUCCAUCACCUCUUUAGAAGCAAAAGAACCACAAGUGAUCAGCAGCCAUGGAUGUCCCACAUGAAAUAAAUUUGCUGGUGCAGGAGAUUCAGCGGCUCGGCAGCAAAAAUGCUGACGGCCAAACUAGUGUCAAGUUUGGCGUUUUGUUCAGUGACGACCGCUGUGCCAACAUCUUCGAGGCGUUGGUGGGCACCCUGAAGGCCGCCAAAAAGAGGAAGGUGAUCAACUUUCAAGGCGAGCUGCUUCUGCAGGGCGUCCACGACAACGUCGAUAUCAUUCUGCUCCAAGAAUGAGACCGACGUUGGAACCAGCAGCUACUGAAUCCUCCCAAAUACUGAGCUUCUGCAGUGUGCUGGCCUGUCACUGAGCUCCUGUUCUCACUUUAUUUCCCUUCAUUUAUAAAGCUCAGUGUUUGAACCCAAAUGCAAUAACCAAUCAGAUCAGACCUUACUUAUGGACCCAGCUGGCAUGUGUGCAUAUGAAUUUAGUUUUAUUUCAACGUGCCAGAUUUGAGAAUAUUUUCCGGUUUUCCGGGCUGAACUGUGAACAAUCAUAGUUUCAGAUUACGUGGAAAAGUUGGGUUUCUUUCUCAGGCGCUGCCAUUUUAUCAACCACAGGUGUCAUUUUGCUACACUUUUAAGACUAUAAACGCACAAAAAAGAAAAUCAGGAAUGUAAUAUUAUAUGUAAGGCUUGUUUUUUGGUUAAUUUUGAGUAAAAUUACAGUGGAUCACAACCAAAUGCCUCUAUUUUCAGUAGUUUUGGUGUCAGGAUAAAGGACACACAGGACAAGAUGCUGAUUAGAUUUAGCAACUUUAGCAAACUACUUCUUCACAUUUCUAAUUGGACUCUUCUGAUCUUGACUAUUGCACCAGCUGCACUCGACAAAUUCUCCCUUUAUGCUCUCAAAAGGCAGCGGGAGUUAAAACCUCAUUACCUAAAACGUUAUGUAAUGUGAUGAGUGUUACUGCAGAAAAAAUCUAGUGCAUCUGUAAGACAAAGAGUAGUGUGUGUCCACAACAGCAGCACCAAAUGGCCGUUCCAUUUAUUGUUUACAUGAGCCAUUUCUACUACCUCUUGUGGACUUUGUAAGAAGACGUUAUCAGACCAGUGCUUUUGGAAAUUCCUUCAUAGAAACUACAACCACACUGACGGCUCAAGUGCAUUUUAGGAAAGACGACGCUCCUUUUUGUACUCAUUGCAACGUGCUACAGUAGUUUUUAAUUCCAUCUUUUUAUAUGUAGAAAGAAUUUUCUCUGCUAAAAAAAAAAAAUUCCAAAAAUUGCCUUUUUCGUAAGAAAUAGCUGAUGAGCAAACGGCGAAUGUAUUUCUGUGCAAUUUUUAUUAGCGUAUAAUUACAGGGUGAUUGGUGCCAAAUGCAAAAGAUGAAUUUGUAUUGAUUCUCAGGACCAAAUCAACACAACCAAAAUAUGUUUAGUAAUUGUCCUGUGACUUAAAUUAGUGACACAAAAUGUGCAUUUAGAGUUUUACUAGUGUUUUAAAUUUUAGCACUCUUUGUUCUCUACUGUAGGUCUGAUGAAACUUGUAGACCAGAUGUGUUCCUGAAGUACUGUUACUCGACUCUGUACGGAGGCUGUCAAACGACGAAACAGUUCGUAUUCUGUAGCUGAGCUUGAACAAACUGGGCCCAAGUAGUUUUAGCUUUUUAGACGUCAAAGCAAAUCUUUACCUUUUAUGCAUCAGAUGGACCAACUUUUUUUUUUCUCCCACCCAAAUGUAACAUCUCCUGUUUGACAGCUGCUGUGCUCAUUUUCAUAACAUCAAACUCAUUUUGCAGUUGUUCGUUAAAUCAGGCUACGCUUGUGUUACCGUCCACACAUUAUUUGCUUUUCAUGCUGAUAAGAAGCAGAUUAUCAGCCUUGUGGAACUACACCUGGUCUGCAAGUUUUCUAAGACCCAUUUCAUAUUCACUGCUGUUGGGUCAGCCUCGCUCAAUCUUUUAUGUUCAGGUGUUUGCUGUUUAAGUUUGACUUGAAAUGGGUGAUUUAUUUCUCUGGAUCAAAACUUUGGCGAAAUCAAGAAAACCAGAUGAGCUGAAUUGUAUUGUUGUUGUAAAUGAAACUAAAAUGUAACCUGGUUGCAUGACACAUAAUCAUCAUGAGUAAAUAAUGGGAGAAGUCUGAAAAGUUGUGGGACGAAUAGAGGAAAGCAAGACCGAAGAAGAACAUGCUGCUUGCAUCACUGUCGUUCAUAUAUCCUGCUGUUGCUCUGGAGAGACUUUCAGAUGACUUUCCAAUAUACUAAUUACAAGUCGACAUUUGGCAAGAGAAAGGAAGUCAUGAUCAGAGCAGUGCCAAUACCUCCAGCCAUUUCUGUGAGUGAGUGGAAUGCCUGCGUGAUGUGUUCAAGUGCAUCAUUACUGUCUUUUGUACUGGCAAUAACACAUUCCUAAACAAACAGAGGUUUCUGUUACUGUGGAAUACACUCCAAGGAAUAAAAUCUUUACACUUGAAGCUUUGAAACCUGC